CUACAUGUUUGGGAAGGGCAUCUAUUUUGCAGACAUGGUAUCCAAGAGUGCCAACUACUGUCACACAUCUCAGGCUGAUCCCAUAGGCUUAGUACUACUGGGAGAAGUUGCCCUUGGAAAUAUGUAUGAGCUAAAGAAUGCUUCUCACAUAACAAAAUUGCCCAAGGGAAAACAUAGUGUGAAAGGCUUGGGCAAAACUGCACCUGAUCCCACAGCCACUACCACCCUUGGUGGUGUAGAAGUCCCCUUAGGGAAUGGGAUCUCAACAGGAAUUAAUGAUACCUGUCUUCUGUAUAAUGAGUAUAUUGUGUAUGAUGUUGCUCAGGUAAAUCUGAAGUACCUGCUGAAACUGAAAUUCAACUAUAAGACAUCACUCUGGUGAACAGUAUUUAGAAACCCUGUUAGAGUUAUACUGUAGUUACACUAUAGCGUUGACUUCUGACAUGCUUACGCAUUGACUUCUCUUACCAAGAUAUCAAGAGCUAAACUGCAGAAGAGGUUACUAAAUCCUAUUUAGUAAAACACGUAGUGAAAGUUUUAUAUAAAUGUGUGGCAACACAUGGACCUGAAUUCUGGUGAGAAAGAGUACCUGGUUUUGUUUUAUACCACUUCUAAUUUGGGGGCUUUCAAGUGUUUCUUUUAAUUGACCAAACUGACAAAAAAAAAUCAAGCUUGUGUUUUUAGCCAAACAGAGCUGGGCAAUAGCAGGAGAAGGAACUUGAGGAUGUUUGCGAUAUUAGCUUUGUUAAGGUUCCCUCUUGUUUAAGAUACCCUUUUUCGGUUUUCAUUUGAAUAAAUGAUAAAUGUGCAUUUAUUUUGAGGUAAAAAAUAAAAGCUAAUUUCAUACUAACAGCUUUAUGUUUCAAAACUUCCAAAUUGUUUUGGUUUUGAGUCAUGAUUUAAAUGUAUUUGGUAGAAUGUUCUUAAACAUGAUGUCUCUCUCUGAAGAUCAAAUGCCAAAUAUUGAAAUCUGUAGUCACGUUUCAGGAAGUCAUGGUGAAAUGAAAAUUUGGACUUUCCACUGAGACUUCAUCUGUUAAGAGUUGGUGUGGUAAACAUGGAAAAUGAACUUGUGGCUGUUUGAAUUUAGUAUUAGCCCCAAUAAACCUCCUUUAAAUAUCUACCUUCAACAUGA